CAGGUUCUUACACUGGUAGCUCGGGCUGUGUGGAGUUUAACAUUCGGCCUUGUUUUGCUCAGAGUUGCACUUCUGUUAAGCCUGUGUUUUGAAGCUAGCUGUCUGUCUGUAACCUAAAGGAUUGCAGGUGACCCAUGAUGGAACACUGGUUGUAUGUCAAACUUCGCCAUCAAUGAAGUAAUUAUUAAAAAUAACUAUACAACACAAACUUGACGUCGUCGUGUUUGUUUACGGCUUUAUAUCCUGAUUUAUAUACCACGAGAGUGCUCUGACACCCGUCUCUGUGACGUAGUACACACAAUGUGUAGCACGUAUGUGUUGUUGCUACGGAGCGCCGCUGAGAGGAAGUUUUUAAGCAGCUUUGCAGAAACCAGUUUAGAUAAUCUGCUCUGUAAUGCAGCACAGACGCCUUUGUUAGCCUUUCUGAAUGCAUGUACAUUUAAUUCUGCUCUGAUCACGAGAAGAUAAUUGAUCCACAUUAGGCUCGGUUUUCCAGCAGUCGCCACUAAGUGAUAUGGCGUGCACGAAGAAAGGUAGCCAAUUAGCUAACUAACGUUAGCUAGGUUCUAGCUAGCGAGUCAGUUUGAAUGCUAAACCAGCUAGCUUAACGUUGAAUGAGUGUGGUUCGCGUCUAAAUUCUGUGUCACAUCGUCGUUUGUUGGUUGCUGUGACGGCGUAACAUCAUGUUAGUGAAUCCAACGCGAGGUUUUCACUGGUCAGACGCGGAGACGAGAGCACUGCUGAACAUUUGGGGGGAACAUGACGUCCAAACAGCGCUCGACGGAAACUUUCGAAACAGUCACGUUUACCGCGACGUAGCGGGUCGUUUGGGAGAUAUGGGCUACGAUCGGACCCCGGACCAGUGCAGAGUGCGGGUGAAGAGCCUAAAAAGACAGUAUUUUCAAGCGAAGAAAGCAUCGAAGAAAAACAGCCAGUGUCACAAGAUCUUUAAAUUCUACGAGGAAAUGGAGAGGAUACUGAGCAGCAGAUCAUCGGCCACGUUAGAUUCCCAGGACAUAGACAGUGUCGCCGUUGAAGGCGAUGAGACGAUGGAUGGCACCGAGGAAGAUGGUGAGAGCAUAGACCAGCCCCAGGACUCUGACAUGGAAGGCACUGGAGAAUGUUCCAAUGUUGAAUACCCUGUGAAGAUCGAGUAUCCAUCCUACCCCAUCCCGGUGACAGUUGGUAGCAGCAGCAAUAUGCCAGCAAAACAGAGCAGCUUGCAGCCCAACAGCAUGCCGUCCUCUUCAGCAAGCAGAGCGAAACGUUUCAAAAAGCGCUUCACAAACCUGUCCCUGGAAAAACUGAUGGAGAAGUUUCUGGAGCAGAGUUUGGAGGCAGAAGAGAAUUUCUAUAGACUCGAGGAGCAGCGACUUCAAGCGGAGGACCUCCGUAGGGAGACGGAACACACUAGAGAGUUGCAUAUGCUGCAGAUGCUUGGCCAGAUGUUUGCUGGUCUUUCCAGACCUGUGGCUACACAAUCACCUGCUACCCAGCCCACCCGUAACUCUCAUACUGGUGCCCCUAUACCUCCUACACGCCUGUUCUUUGGCAACCAUAGCAAUCAAGCUUCCGAGGCUGAGUAUUCUAACAACAGUCAGCAAGCUGCUCCAGUCAUAGAGCGGUCAUUCUCCCUGGGAAGGGCAGCACACAGAAGCAUGGACAGUGUCCUCCCUUUGAUUAAAAAUACCAUUCCUCCACUAACAUCCAAAAAGCACAAGGGUCAAGAUGGCCGUAUUGGAGUCGUUGGAGGAUGUCAGGAGUACACUGGCGCUCCAUACUUUGCUGCCAUUUCUGCAUUAAAAGUCGGUGCAGAUCUGUCUCAUGUUUUCUGCACCAAAGAUGCUGCCACUGUGAUCAAAUCAUAUAGUCCUGAGCUCAUAGUUCAUCCUGUGCUAGACAGUCCCAAUGCUGUGGAGGAGAUUGAGAAAUGGCUGCCGAGACUACAUAGUCUGGUGGUGGGUCCUGGCUUAGGGAGGGAAGAUGGGAUCCUCAAGACUGCUAAGGAGGUUAUUGAAAAGUCUAAAUCCAAAGGAAUUCCAAUUAUCAUUGAUGCAGAUGGGCUUUGGCUAAUUGCUAAGGAGCCAUCAAUCAUCCAGUUUUAUCAAAGAGGCAUUUUAACGCCCAACUUCAUGGAGUUCAGUCGUCUCUACGAGGCUAUGCACCGUGAGCCUCUGGACAGCACAGACCUCAAGGGGAGUGCCCAGCAGCUGAGCAUUGCAAUGGGCAAUGUGACCCUGGUUUUGAAGGGCGAGGAGGAUAUCAUCACUGAUGGAAACAGGGUGAUAACAUGUAGUCAGCAGGGGAGUGGACGUCGGUGUGGGGGCCAGGGAGACCUGCUCUCUGGAGCUCUAGGUGUCUUUGCCCAUUGGGCAUUCAGCUCAUUCCCAGAUGCAACCAAAGGUAUGAAUCCAACACUGGUGGCUGCAUUUGCCGCUACCUCACUGACUAGGCAGUGUAACAGGCAAGCCUUCGACAAACAUGGUCGAGCCACCACCACCUCCGACAUGAUCCAGGAGAUCUGCACUGCCUUCAGAAAGCUGUUUGAAAGCUGAACUAAACACAAACUCUGUUCCACGGGCACUCAUUGUUGUUUCAGCCAUGUGCAACGUCAUCUGUUUUCACUAGCUCGCCUUCUUAACAAAGACAGGAAGCAGGGAAAUCAGAUGUGGUCUACACUGCUCAUCUACACACUCAUUCACACACAAUUCACAUACACCAUGGUCCUUCUGCUUAGUCUCAAUAAGCAUGCCUUGUUUUUUUUGUGUCCACCAUCCACCAUUUCUGGCUCUGUCUGAAUGUUUUCCAUCACAUUUUUUUUUUAUUUUUGAGUUCUAUAUCCUUUUGUUGUAGCAUAGCAACAUGAUCCCUGAAAUUGAUCUAGAGUAGCCUUUCCCAGUUGAAUGUUUUUUGUAAUCCAUUGCUCAGAAAUGGAUGCUGAUCGCAGACAGACAGGACAAGACAUUCAAUAUUGCAUUGUCUAAUUUGAGCCACAGAUAUAUAAAAAAAAAUGUUAAAAAAAAAAAAACAACUCCCAGUUGUUGAUGAUGAUGAUGAUGAUGAUGAUGAUGUAGCUGGACUGUUUUACCCCUAAAAUCUGCUACUCUUCAGCUAUACAACUAUCCACCCUAACCUACUACAAAUAGAGGUCAUGGUAUUGCAGAAUAAAACAUGAAGACAAUAAUGCAAUUCAUAGUGAACAACUAAGAGACUGAAAUAAGCUGUAUAUGAAUUAUAAUUAUUAGUGUGCACACCAGCACCUCUCUUUGCUGGUAUUGUUUUUUGCAAUUAGCAGGACUUUUAUUUCAAAGUGCCUCUUGUAGGUUUUGAAUCCUAUGUCAAUCACCAGCCCUUUCUUUCUUAACAGUAUUGUAGGUUAACAUACACAACAGUGGUUUUGUAUGAAUUUAGUCCUAUAACAAAUCUCUUCUAUUGCUAGUGGAACCCUUCCUGUUAGAGUCCCAUAUAAUUAUGAUUUAUUGACUGUGGUGCUCUUUGAUAUCUACAUAUUUUAUUAGAUAAUGUAGUUUAUAUAAAUACACCCACACAUUAAGUUCUUUGCUGCGAACAAUAUGCUUAAGAAGAGUGGUCACUAUUCCUUAUUAGGGCUGAAACUAUAUGCAAAGGUCAUGUCUAGUCUCAUAUACCCUUGUGGCUCUAGAAAUGUAUCUCGUGCUCUGAAUAUUAAAACAUUCUUGGACGUGUUGAAUUUUUUUUUGUUUUGUUUUUAUUUAGAGCACUCUUGUAUUCUUGUCCAUUCAUGCCAUGUUGUUUGUAUAUCAAGUACUUAAAAGGAAAAACCUGAAACCAA